ACUUGUUUUAGGCUGAGGUUACUAAUGUACUUGAAAAGGUUUGUGAUGUACUUCCAUCCACUGUAAAAGAUGCUUGUGUGUCUUUCGUCAUUGAAUAUGGCAAGGACAUAAUUAGUCUAAUAACAAAUGGAUUAGACCCUCAAUCGGUCUGUACAUCAAUUAAACUAUGUACAUCAACUGUGAAAACCAAGUUCAGGUCUGAUGUUCAAUCUGGGGCAUCAGUCGAGUGUGUUAUCUGUGAAUUUAUUGUCGCAGAGCUUGGUGCAGUUCUUACAAAGAAUGCCACUGAGGAUGAAAUAAUACAAGCUGUAGAAAAGAUUUGUGACAUUCUUCCAUCAACAAUUGAAUCAACAUGCAAGUCUGUUGUCAUUGAAUUUGGACCACAACUCAUUGACUAUCUGAUCCGGGGGUUUGACCCAGCUAAGGCAUGCACCCAAAUAGGUGUUUGUGAUGGCCUGGAUAGCUUGAACAAAGAGCUUGUCAUGCACAAGUCUGAAACUGUUGACCAGUCUGUGGAAUGUGUGCUUUGUGAAUUUGUGCUGAAAGAAGUUGAUAGCUUACUCAAAGGAAAUAGAACAGAGGACGAAAUUAUCCAAGCAGUUGAAACUGUGUGUGAUAUCUUGCCUUCAAGUAUAAGGGACCAAUGCAAGUCUUUUAUCAUUCAGUAUGGACCUCAGAUAGUUCAAGAUCUUGCUCAAGGCUUAGACCCUGCUAUUAUAUGUACAACAAUAAGACUAUGUAGUGGACAAUCAAAGCUUCAAGUUAGAGUAUCAGCAUCCAUUGAAUGUGUUCUCUGUGA